AUGUUGCCAAAGUUGAAAGAGUUCUUUAUACUCUGGUUUUUCCUCAUUCUAUCAGUAUGGGGUUUGGAAGUUACAGAAAACAGGGUCGAUAGAGGUACGAUUGAUGUCAAUGUUGGCAAUAUCAAUAUCCAUUCCGGAGCUUAUUGGUCUAUAAUCAAUAAUGCUGUCACUGCUUUUGUCUCGAGUGUAAAUGUGCAGCCAAACGCUGGACUUUACAUCUCCAGUACGUCGUCGUUGAUUGCUUUACAAAUUACAAUGUUGGGGGUCUUGAACUCGAUCGAGAAUGACGGGGUGAUUUCUUUCAACUCGCUCGCCUCCUUAACUGCUUCCACUUACAAUCUUGUUGGUGCAUCAUUCACCAAUAACGGUGAAAUGUACUUGGCCGCGUCAGGUGUUGUGCCGAGUGUGAUGAGCAUCACCGCUGCGAAUUGGCAAAAUAACGGAUUAUUGGUCUUUUAUCAAAACCAAAGAACCUCAGGUGUUGUGAAUCUCGGCACGCCUCUCGUUGGACCAGUCAACAACAAUGGUCAGAUUUGUUUACAUAAUCAAGUUUACCAACAACUUACUGCCAUUGCUGGUACUGGUUGUUGGACAGCUAGUCAGGACUCGUCGAUUUACAUUUCCAAUGCAGCUUUGUCGGUAUCAACAGGUCAAACUUUCUACUUGGCCGACUCGGGAUCGUCAAUGAUUGUUCAAGCCGUGUCUACUCCGCAAACUUUCACAGUUAAAAACUUUGGUCGUCAAGCAAAUGGAGUUUCAAAUAAAAUCGGCUUGACCUUGCCACUUCUUUCCACUUUGUUGCCAGCUUUCUCGUACAACUCAAAUACAGGUAUUCUUACUUUGAGAGCAGGAGGACUUUUGGCUCAAAAUUUCAAUAUCGGUACCGGUUAUAACUCGGCCUUGUUUCAAAUUGUCACCGAUAGCGGAUUAGGUUUACCUUCAACUGUGGGCGGUUCAGUGCAAUAUAAUGGCCCUGUACCAAGUCCUGGUUUACCUGCAGCAUGUAGAGCCUGUAAAGGACCACCAGCAAUCCCUGGAACUGAACCAACUCAAUUCACCACCACCAUUACUAGAACAACAAAUGGUUCUCCACUUACUGAAACUGGUGUCGUUGAUAUAACCACUGAUUCAAACGGUUCCUUUUAUACCAGCACCACCAUUUUCACCACUGCUGCUGUGCAGACUCAGUACACCACUACCUGGACCGCUACCAACGAGGAUGGAUCUGAAAAGACAGAGUCUGGAGUAGUGAGCCAAUCUGGUCAAUCGUUGACUACAGUCACCACAUUCCCACAACCUGUUCAAACUCAAUACACCACCACCUGGACAGCUACUAACGAGGAUGGAUCUGAGAAGACCGAAUCUGGUAUUGUUUCACAGUCAGGAGAAUCGUUGACCACUGUCACCACAUUCCCUCAACCUGUUCAAACUCAGUACACCACUACUUGGACAGCUACCAACGAGGAUGGAUCUGAAAAGACCGAAUCUGGAGUAGUGAGCCAAUCUGGUGAGUCAUUGACCACUGUCACCACAUUCCCUCAACCAGUGCAGACUCAGUACACCACUACUUGGACAGCUACCAACGAGGAUGGAUCUGAGAAGACCGAAUCUGGUAUUGUUUCACAGUCUGGGGAGUCAUUGACCACUGUCACCACAUUCCCUCAACCUGCUCAAACUCAGUACACCACUACUUGGACAGCUACCAACGAGGAUGGAUCUGAAAAGACCGAAUCUGGAGUAGUGAGCCAAUCUGGUGAGUCAUUGACCACUGUCACCACAUUCCCUCAACCAGUGCAGACUCAGUACACCACUACUUGGACAGCUACCAACGAGGAUGGAUCUGAGAAGACCGAAUCUGGAGUAGUGAGCCAAUCUGGUGAGUCAUUGACCACUGUCACCACAUUCCCUCAACCAGUGCAGACUCAGUACACCACUACUUGGACAGCUACCAACGAGGAUGGAUCUGAGAAGACCGAAUCUGGUAUUGUUUCACAGUCAGGAGAAUCGUUGACCACUGUCACCACAUUCCCUCAACCUGUUCAAACUCAAUACACCACUACUUGGACCGCUACUAACGAGGAUGGAUCUGAAAAGACCGAAUCUGGAGUAGUGAGCCAAUCUGGUGAGUCAUUGACCACUGUCACCACAUUCCCUCAACCAGUGCAGACUCAGUACACCACUACUUGGACAGCUACCAACGAGGAUGGAUCUGAGAAGACCGAAUCUGGUAUUGUUUCACAGUCUGGGGAGUCAUUGACCACUGUCACCACAUUCCCUCAACCUGCUCAAACUCAGUACACCACUACUUGGACAGCUACCAACGAGGAUGGAUCUGAGAAGACCGAAUCUGGUAUUGUUUCACAGUCUGGUGAGUCAUUGACCACUGUCACCACAUUCCCUCAACCUGUUCAAACUCAGUACACCACUACUUGGACCGCUACUAACGAGGAUGGAUCUGAAAAGACCGAAUCUGGAGUAGUGAGCCAAUCUGGUCAAUCGUUGACUACAGUCACCACAUUCCCACAACCUGUUCAAACUCAAUACACCACCACCUGGACAGCUACCAACGAGGAUGGAUCUGAGAAGACCGAAUCUGGUAUUGUUUCACAGUCAGGAGAAUCGUUGACCACUGUCACCACAUUCCCUCAACCUGUUCAAACUCAAUACACCACUACUUGGACCGCUACUAACGAGGAUGGAUCUGAAAAGACCGAAUCUGGAGUAGUGAGCCAAUCUGGUGAGUCAUUGACCACUGUCACCACAUUCCCUCAACCUGUUCAAACUCAGUACACCACUACUUGGACCGCUACUAACGAGGAUGGAUCUGAAAAGACCGAAUCUGGAGUAGUGAGCCAAUCUGGUCAAUCGUUGACUACAGUCACCACAUUCCCACAACCUGUUCAAACUCAAUACACCACCACCUGGACAGCUACCAACGAGGAUGGAUCUGAGAAGACCGAAUCUGGUAUUGUUUCACAGUCAGGAGAAUCGUUGACCACUGUCACCACAUUCCCUCAACCUGUUCAAACUCAAUACACCACUACUUGGACCGCUACUAACGAGGAUGGAUCUGAAAAGACCGAAUCUGGAGUAGUGAGCCAAUCUGGUGAGUCAUUGACCACUGUCACCACAUUCCCUCAACCAGUGCAGACUCAGUACACCACUACUUGGACCGCUACUAACGAGGAUGGAUCUGAAAAGACCGAAUCUGGUAUUGUAUCACAGUCUGGUGAGUCAUUGACCACUGUCACCACAUUCCCUCAACCUGUUCAAACUCAAUACACCACCACCUGGACAGCUACCAACGAGGAUGGAUCUGAGAAGACCGAAUCUGGUAUUGUUUCACAGUCAGGAGAAUCGUUGACCACUGUCACCACAUUCCCUCAACCUGCUCAAACUCAGUACACCACCACCUGGACAGCUACCAACGAGGAUGGAUCUGAGAAGACCGAAUCUGGUAUUGUUUCACAGUCUGGUGAGUCAUUGACCACUGUCACCACAUUCCCUCAACCUGCUCAAACUCAGUACACCACUACUUGGACAGCUACCAACGAGGAUGGAUCUGAGAAGACCGAAUCUGGUAUUGUUUCACAGUCUGGGGAGUCAUUGACCACUGUCACCACAUUCCCUCAACCUGCUCAAACUCAGUACACCACUACUUGGACAGCUACCAACGAGGAUGGAUCUGAGAAGACCGAAUCUGGUAUUGUUUCACAGUCUGGGGAGUCAUUGACCACUGUCACCACAUUCCCUCAACCUGCUCAAACUCAGUACACCACUACUUGGACAGCUACCAACGAGGAUGGAUCUGAGAAGACCGAAUCUGGUAUUGUUUCACAGUCUGGGGAGUCAUUGACCACUGUCACCACAUUCCCUCAACCUGCUCAAACUCAGUACACCACUACCUGGACCGCUACCAACGAGGAUGGAUCUGAGAAGACCGAAUCUGGUAUUGUUUCACAGUCUGGAGAAUCUUUGACCACUGUCACUACUUUCCCAAAUACAAUAGCAGCUUCGCCUUACACAACUACUUGGACUGCGACAAAUUCCGAAGGAUCCGUUAUCACUGAAUCAGGUAUAGUUUCACAAUCUGGCGAAUCAUUGACCACCAUCUCCACUUUCCCAGCUGCUUCUCUGGAAGGCGGUUCAAUUUACACUACCACCUGGACCACCACCAAUGCUGAUGGAUCUGUUGCCACUCAGUCUGGCAUUGUAUCCCAAUCUGGCGAGUCAUUGACCACCAUCUCCACUUUCCCAGCUGAGACCGCAUCUACUGACGCCACUUCGACAGAGGAAGGCUCAAUCUACACUACCACCUGGACCACCACCAAUGCUGAUGGAUCUGUUGCCACUCAGUGUGGCAUUGUAUCCCAAUCUGGCGAAUCAUUGACCACCAUCUCCACUUUCCCAGCUGCUUCUCUGGAAGGCGGCUCAAUCUACACUACUACCUGGACCACCACCAAUGCUGAUGGAUCUGUUGCCACUCAGUCUGGCAUUGUAUCCCAAUCUGGCGAAUCAUUGACCACCAUCUCCACUUUCCCAGCUGCUUCUCUGGAAGGCGGCUCAAUCUACACUACUACCUGGACCACCACCAAUGCUGAUGGAUCUGUUGCCACUCAGUCUGGCAUUGUAUCCCAAUCUGGCGAGUCAUUGACCACCAUCUCCACUUUCCCAGCUGAGACCGCAUCUACUGACGCCACUUCGACAGAGGAAGGCUCAAUCUACACUACUACCUGGACCACCACCAAUGCUGAUGGAUCUGUUGCCACUCAGUCUGGCAUUGUAUCCCAAUCUGGCGAGUCAUUGACCACCAUCUCCACUUUCCCAGCUGAGACCGCAUCUACUGACGCCACUUCGACAGAGGAAGGCUCAAUCUACACUACCACCUGGACCACCACCAAUGCUGAUGGAUCUGUUGCCACUCAGUCUGGCAUUGUAUCCCAAUCUGGCGAAUCAUUGACCACCAUCUCCACUUUCCCAGCUGCUUCUCUGGAAGGCGGCUCAAUCUACACUACUACCUGGACCACCACCGAUGCUGAUGGAUCUGCUGCCACUCAGUCUGGCAUUGUAUCCCAAUCUGGCGAAUCAUUGACCACCAUCUCCACUUUCCCAGCUGCUUCUCUGGAAGGCGGCUCAAUCUACACUACUACCUGGACCACCACCAAUGCUGAUGGAUCUGUUGCCACUCAGUCUGGCAUUGUAUCCCAAUCUGGCGAGUCAUUGACCACCAUCUCCACUUUCCCAGCUGAGACCGCAUCUACUGACGCCACUUCGACAGAGGAAGGCUCAAUCUACACUACCACCUGGACCACCACCAAUGCUGAUGGAUCUGUUGCCACUCAGUCUGGCAUUGUGUCCCAAUCUGGCGAGUCAUUGACCACCAUCUCCACUUUCCCAGCUGAGACCGCAUCUACUGACGCCACUUCGACAGAGGAAGGCUCAAUCUACACUACCACCUGGACCACCACCGAUGCUGAUGGAUCUGCUGCCACUAAGUCUGGCAUUGUAUCCCAAUCUGGCGAAUCAUUGACCACCAUCUCCACUUUCCCAGCUGCUUCUCUGGAAGGCGGCUCAAUCUACACUACUACCUGGACCACCACCAAUGCUGAUGGAUCUGUUGCCACUCAGUCUGGCAUUGUAUCCCAAUCUGGCGAAUCAUUGACCACCAUCUCCACUUUCCCAGCUGCUUCUCUGGAAGGCGGCUCAAUCUACACUACUACCUGGACCACCACCAAUGCUGAUGGAUCUGUUGCCACUCAGUCUGGCAUUGUAUCCCAAUCUGGCGAGUCAUUGACCACCAUCUCCACUUUCCCAGCUGAGACCGCAUCUACUGACGCCACUUCGACAGAGGAAGGCUCAAUCUACACUACCACCUGGACCACCACCAAUGCUGAUGGAUCUGUUGCCACUCAGUCUGGCAUUGUAUCCCAAUCUGGCGAAUCAUUGACCACCAUCUCCACUUUCCCAGCUGCUUCUCUGGAAGGCGGCUCAAUCUACACUACUACCUGGACCACCACCGAUGCUGAUGGAUCUGCUGCCACUCAGUCUGGCAUUGUAUCCCAAUCUGGCGAAUCAUUGACCACCAUCUCCACUUUCCCAGCUGCUUCUCUGGAAGGCGGCUCAAUCUACACUACUACCUGGACCACCACCAAUGCUGAUGGAUCUGUUGCCACUCAGUCUGGCAUUGUAUCCCAAUCUGGCGAGUCAUUGACCACCAUCUCCACUUUCCCAGCUGAGACCGCAUCUACUGACGCCACUUCGACAGAGGAAGGCUCAAUCUACACUACCACCUGGACCACCACCAAUGCUGAUGGAUCUGUUGCCACUCAGUCUGGCAUUGUGUCCCAAUCUGGCGAGUCAUUGACCACCAUCUCCACUUUCCCAGCUGAGACCGCAUCUACUGACGCCACUUCGACAGAGGAAGGCUCAAUCUACACUACCACCUGGACCACCACCGAUGCUGAUGGAUCUGCUGCCACUAAGUCUGGCAUUGUAUCCCAAUCUGGCGAAUCAUUGACCACCAUCUCCACUUUCCCAGCUGCUUCUCUGGAAGGCGGCUCAAUCUACACUACUACCUGGACCACCACCAAUGCUGAUGGAUCUGUUGCCACUCAGUCUGGCAUUGUAUCCCAAUCUGGCGAAUCAUUGACCACCAUCUCCACUUUCCCAGCUGCUUCUCUGGAAGGCGGCUCAAUCUACACUACUACCUGGACCACCACCAAUGCUGAUGGAUCUGUUGCCACUCAGUCUGGCAUUGUAUCCCAAUCUGGCGAGUCAUUGACCACCAUCUCCACUUUCCCAGCUGAGACCGCAUCUACUGACGCCACUUCGACAGAGGAAGGCUCAAUCUACACUACCACCUGGACCACCACCAAUGCUGAUGGAUCUGUUGCCACUCAGUCUGGCAUUGUAUCCCAAUCUGGCGAGUCAUUGACCACCAUCUCCACUUUCCCAGCUGAGACCGCAUCUACUGACGCCACUUCGACAGAGGAAGGCUCAAUCUACACUACCACCUGGACCACCACCGAUGCUGAUGGAUCUGCUGCCACUAAGUCUGGCAUUGUAUCCCAAUCUGGCGAAUCAUUGACCACCAUCUCCACUUUCCCAGCUGCUGAAUCUUCUCUUGAUCCUGUUAUUUGCAGAAGAGAUGAGACUGAUUGUAUUCCAGCUUCAGAGACGUUUAAGUCUAGCUUAUCGUCAACCGAUAGCUCGGACAAUACACCUCAAACCUCUUCUGUUGUCGCUUCCACAGGAGGUGGAGUUUCAGACAACGUGUUCACUUCUGAUGCUCCAACUACUGUUGAUGGAGGCAAAGCUUACACUACCACAUGUACCACCACCAACUCCGAAGGUGUUGUUGAAACGCAGUCAGGAAUUGUAUCACAAUCGGAAGGCUCGUUAGUCACCAUUUCCACGUUUGGUCCAACUGCUGUUGAUGGAGGCAAAGCUUACACUACCACAUGGGCCGCCACCAACUCCGAAGGUGUUGUUGAAACGCAGUCAGGAAUUGUAUCGCAAUCGGAAGACUCGUUAGUCACCAUUUCCACGUUUGGUCCAACUGCUGUUGAUGGAGGCAAAGCUUACACUACCACAUGGGCCGCCACCAACUCCGAAGGUGUUGUUGAAACGCAGUCAGGAAUUGUAUCGCAAUCGGAAGACUCGUUAGUCACCAUUUCCACGUUUGGUCCAACUGCUGUUGAUGGAGGCAAAGCUUACACUACCACAUGGACCGCCACCAACUCCGAAGGUGUUGUUGAAACGCAGUCAGGAAUUGUAUCGCAAUCGGAAGACUCGUUAGUCACCAUUUCCACGUUUGGUCCAACUGCUGUUGAUGGAGGCAAAGCUUACACUACCACAUGGACCGCCACCAACUCCGAAGGUGUUGUUGAAACGCAGUCAGGAAUUGUAUCGCAAUCGGAAGACUCGUUAGUCACCAUUUCCACGUUUGGUCCAACUGCUGUUGAUGGAGGCAAAGCUUACACUACCACAUGGACCGCCACCAACUCCGAAGGUGUUGUUGAAACGCAGUCAGGAAUUGUAUCGCAAUCGGAAGACUCGUUAGUCACCAUUUCCACGUUUGGUCCAACUACUGGAUCAAUUGCUCAUCACGAAACCGCAACGGAGAUUGAGGUGUCCAAGGAAACCCAGACAGCUGUGGAUGGCGGAGAAAAUCAUCAGACAGUCAGUGCAGAUAAACCAGCUAGCGUCGAUCAAGGAGAAGCUGCCACUCAGGCUUAUGCAAUCUCAGAGGGUGGAAACACAUUGAGCACUUCUUUCAUAAAGACGCUGACUACUGCUACUCCAAGUGGUGAAGAAAGAUUCGAGCUGGUUCUGGCUGAGACCCAUGUGCAAUUUACUGGAUCCACUGUGGAAUCAGAAAGCCUGGCUAGGACAUCAACUCCAAGUUCAUCUACUUUUGUCAACGUCGACACGCCAGCAUCGGCAGUACCUUACGAGGGAAGUGGCUCUGCCGUCAUUCCUUCAUCACUUUUCGCCAUAGUACUCGCCAUCCUUUCCAUUGCGUUUUAG